GGACACAUCAAAAACUACAGAAGUAGAUGGGAUGGUGGAAGUGAACUUUACACCCGCUAAAUCAAUAAGACACAGACCUUUGGAAACUUGACCAUGAAGAGAAAAGAAUCUAACUCACAAAAAUAUAGUGUCCAUGGAAGAAAGAAUUUUGUCUCAUCAUCAGUCUAUCCCCAGGACAUAGAAUCAUCCCUCACACAUGGCCAAAGCGAGAAGUCAUCAGGGUUUUGAUGCUGAUCGAGAUGCCAAAAGGCUGAACAAAGCCUGCAAAGGAAUGGGAACUGAUGAAGCCGCCAUCAUUGAAAUCUUAUCAGGCAGGACAUCAAAUGAGAGGCAACAAAUAAAACAAAAGUACAAGACAACAUAUGGCAAGGACCUGGAGGAGGUGCUCAAGAGUGAGCUGAGUGGAAACUUCGAGAAGGCAGCCUUGGCCCUUCUGGACCGCCCCAACGAGUAUGCUGCCCGGAAGCUGCAAAAGGCCAUGAAGGGCCUGGGCACAAAUGAGGCGGCGCUCAUUGAGUUCCUGUGCACGAGAACCAAUAAAGAAAUCAUCGCCAUUAAAGAGGCCUACCAAAGGUUAUUUGACAAGAGCCUUGAAUCAGAUGUCAAAGGUGAUACAAGUGGAAGCCUAAAAAAAAUUCUGGUCUCCCUGCUACAGGCUAAUCGUGAUGAAGGGGAGAACGUGGACAAAGAUCUAGCUGGUCAGGAUGCCAAAGAUCUGUAUGACGCGGGGGAAGGCCGCUGGGGCACAGACGAGCUUGCCUUCAAUGAAGUCCUGGCCAAGAGGAGCCACAAGCAGUUACGAGCCACCUUUCAAGCCUACCAAGUUCUCAUCGGCAAAGACAUCGAAGAGGCCAUCAAAGAAGAAGCAUCGGGAGAUGCACAGAAGGCCUACUUAACACUCGUGAGGAGUGCCCGGGACCUCCAGGGCUACUUUGCUGACCGUCUGUACAAGUCCAUGAAGGGUGCGGGGACCGAUGAGGAGACGCUCAUUGACAUCAUUGUGACCCGGGCUGAGGUGGACCUUCAGGGGAUAAAAGCCAAGUUCCAAGAGAAGUAUCAGAAGUCUCUCUCUGACAUGGUUCGCUCAGACACUUCUGGGGACUUCCAGAAACUGCUGGUGGCCCUCUUGCACUGAAGCAAGACAGCGCAGCAGGAGCACAGGGAGGAACCACCUUUGUCAAGAGCCCCUCCCCAAACAGAUUUGCAAAUGGGACUCCAGCACAAAACACCCUCAAGGUUCCUGGUUUAGUUCCUUGGCAGCUUGAGCCGUGCAGCCAGGCCAAGCUGUUUAAGUUAAGGGCAGCAGCGUCAAGAUGCUUGAAUAGAUCACCCCGAAAGCUGGCUUAGUGAGUAUCUGGGCUGCCUGUUAACUUUCCUUGAGGGUAGUAACUGAAUGCUUUCUAAGCACAAAUAAAACCUGCAGUUGCUGAAAAACCUCUGCAUUCAUAAUGAAACCUUUAGAAGGAUAUGUGUCACACCAGGGACUAUAUGUUGUGGGUAAAGAGCGAAUGGUUCAAGUCCAAGAAAGACAAAAGUAAGCCAUUCAUUCAUUUUCCUUCUGUGUGCUCAAUUUCAAAUCCUCCAUGUUAAUUAAAGAUGUGGAUUAUGCCUCCGUCAGCGGUUUUUCCAAA